CACCGGUCUUUUUCCCUCUCUCCGCCACCAAUGAUCUCGACCUCCACCUCCACCACCCGUCGUACAAGUCCAUCUCCGACGACUCUGAGCUUUUCUCGAUCCCCGGCUUUCCCCACACCGUCCACUUGACCCGUUCUCAACUCCCGGAAGUCUUCGCCUUCCCUCCCAUGCUCGGCUGGCAACGAGAAGCCGAGCUUUCCAGCCAUGCAGUCAUCGUCAACUCCUUCUCCGCUCUUGAGCCUGACUACGGCGUUCACUACUCCAACGUCGCUCCACGUGAAGUCUUCCUCCUCGGCCCCGUCGCCAUCGCCGGCCAGCCGGAGAAGAACGAGAAGAAAGCAGAGCCAUGCUUGGAAUGGUUAGACGAGAAGGAUGAUGGUUCAGUGGUGUACGUUGGGUUCGGGACGUUGAGCCGGUUCACGGCGGAGCAGAUAAAGGAACUGGCUUUCGGGUUGGAGAACUCCGGCGAGGGGUUUGUUUGGGCGGUCGGGUCCGGCGAGGCGGUGGAGUGGAUUCCGGAUGGGUUUGAGAAGAGAGUUCAGGGACGAGGGUUGGUGGUGAAAGGGUGGGCACCGCAAACGGAGAUCUUGAACCACCGUGCUGUCGGUGGGUUUAUUUGUCACUGUGGAUGGAACUCGGUCAUGGAGGCGGUGGUCGCCGGCUUGCCGGUGAUCACUUGGCCGUUGUAUUAUGAGCAGUUUUUGGUUGAGAAGUGGAUUUGUGAAGUGGUGAAGAUGGGGAUUCCGGCGUGGGAAGGGUUUAAGAGUGUGAAGGAUGAGGAGAAGGUGGUGUUUCCGGCGACGGCGGUGGCUACGGCGGUCAAGAGGUUGAUGGGUUCCGGCGAGGAGGUGGCGGAGAUGAGGAAGCGGGUGGCGGAGCUGGCGAAGCUUGCAAGGAUGGCAGUGGCGGAGGGAGGCACGUCGAAUGAGGAUCUCAGCCGUUUGAUUGAUGGGCUUGUUGCAUGGCGUGAUAACCGCCGUUCGAUCAAAUAGAGAUGUUUAUUUGUGUAAGGGACGUUGGCCUCCUAUUUAUCGAAUUAAAUAAAAUCCAUUGAGGAUUAUUUCUUUUA